ACUCCCUCUCUCCGUCGCUUCUUGUCGCUGCACUCCUCACGAUGCAGGCCAUCCGUCUUCUCCCGCGCCGGCUCUCGGCCGCGCGCCCGCUCGCCGCCGCUGCGUUCCACACGACGCCGCGCGCCGCCGCGCUCACCAAGUUCAACAUGCCGGCGAUGAGCCCGACGAUGACCGAGGGCGGCAUUGCCGCGUGGAAGAAGCAGCCCGGCGAGAGCUUCAGCGCCGGCGACGUGCUCCUCGAGAUUGAGACCGACAAGGCAACCAUGGACGUUGAGGCGCAGGACGACGGCGUGAUGGCCAAGAUCCUCGUUGGCGACGGCAGCAAGGGCGUGCCGGUCAACUCCACCAUUGCCAUCAUUGGCGAGGAGGGUGACGACCUCUCGGGCGCCGAUGCGCUUGCCGCUGACGCAGACACUGGUGCUGCGGCCAGCGAGGCGCCCAAGGAGGAGGCUAAGGAGGCCCCCAAGGAGGAGCCCAAGAAGGAGGAGUCCAAGCCGGCGCCGCCCAAGGAGGAGUCCAAGCCGGAGCCGCAGCAGCUGUCGGCGCCGCGCGCCGAGGGCUCGCGCAUCUUUGCCAGCCCGCUGGCCAAGCGCCUGGCGCAGGAGCAAGGCAUCCCGCUGGCGCAGGUCAAGGGCACUGGCCCCUCGGGCCGCAUCGUCAAGGCGGACAUUGAGGCAUUCAAGCCCUCUGCCGCACCCGCCGCACCCGCCAAGUCGGCUCCGGCUCCGGCUGCCUCCUCGUCGCGCUCCUCUGCACCGGCGCCGAGCGCGCCGGCCCCGGCCUCGGCAGACUACACCGACUCGCCCGUCAGCAACAUGCGCCGCGUCAUUGCCUCGCGCCUGACCGAGUCGAAGCAGCAGCUGCCGCACUACUACGUCUCGAUUGACGUCGAGAUGGACCGCGUGCUCAAGCUGCGCCAGGCGUUCAACGACGCCAGCGAGAAGAAGGCCGGCGCGGACAAGGCGCUGGCCAAGGCCGCCAAGCUGUCUGUGGGCGACUUCAUCACCAAGGCAGCAGGUGUGGCGCUGCGCGAGGUGCCGGAGGUGAACGCCAGCUGGAUGGGCGACUUCGUGCGCAGCUACCACAAGGCCGACAUCUCCAUUGCUGUGUCCACGCCGACGGGCCUGAUCACGCCCAUCGUCAAGGACGUCGGCGCCAGCGGCCUGGCGACGAUCAGCGCGUCGACCAAGUCGCUGGCGUCGCGCGCGCGCGAGGGCAAGCUGAAGCCCGAGGAGUACCAGGGCGGCAGCUUCACCAUCUCCAACAUGGGCAUGAUGGGCAUCACGCACUUCACCGCCAUCAUCAACCCGCCGCAGUCGGCCAUCCUCGCCAUCGGCGGCACCGAGGCGCGCAUCGUGCCCGACGAUGCCAGCGAGCAGGGCUGGCGCAAGGCCAUGGUCAUGCAGGCCACCAUCAGCGCCGACCACCGCAUCGUCGACGGCGCCACCGCAGCCAAGUGGAUGAAGGCCUUCAAGGAUGCCCUCGAGAACCCGCUCAGCUUCAUGCUCUAAGCGAGUCCAAAAGCACAGAGCAGCGCGCGGCUGCACGCAGCGCCGCUCGCCACUUUCCCUCUGCUUUGUCUCUUUGCACCCGUCUACUCUUACUCGUUCCCCGGCGCGGGAGCAGCGCUGGCAGGCUCUGUCACGCGCGCCGUGCGGACGCGCACACACACUUGGGGAGGAGGAGGCCUGCCAGAGAGGCCCAGACGCCACGUCAUGCCAUAGAUUGUUUCACCAUCGCAUUG